UUCAUCACAUCCUUUGUUUGCUGCUUCUGUCUUCAUUAUCCUUUUCAUUUGUGUCUCCUUCUGCUUCUUCACUUUACCUUUCUCCUCUAUUUUGAUCACAUGGAUCGGAUCUUCCUUCUGCUUCUUCUAGUUCAUUCCCAUCUCUUUUAUUAUAAUUAAGUCCUUUUCUUUUCUUCUCAUCUUCUAUGGCGGUUCCCCCUAGAAGUUCCUCCAGCUUGGAAUUGACCAUAGGGUUUGCUUCUUCACCAACCCUUCAUCACUCAUCAUUUGUGUUUGGUGUUACAGUGAAAGAAUUGGACAUGAACCGUGUACCCUUAGAAGAAGGAUGGAUGGGAUCAAACAUGGAAGAUGAAGACGAAAACACCAAUGGAGACACUCGCCACAAAAAGCUCCGUCUCACAAAGGAACAGUCCCGUCUCCUUGAAGAAAGAUUUAGACAAAACCACACUUUAAACCCAAAGCAGAAAGAGUGUUUGGCAAUGCAGCUGAAGCUCCAACCAAGACAAGUGGAAGUAUGGUUUCAGAACCGCAGGGCUAGGAGCAAACUGAAGCAGACUGAGAUGGAGUGCGAGUACUUGAAGAGGUGGUUCGGGUCAUUGACAGAGCAGAACCGUAGAUUGCAAAGGGAAGUGGAGGAACUCAGAGCCAUGAAGGUGGGUCCCCCCACCGUGAUAGCUCCUCAUACUAGCAAGCCACUACCAGCAUCCACACUUUCCAUGUGUCCUUGCUGCGAGCGUGUCACCACCACCGUUGCCACCGUCGACAAAGCAAAUACGGCUGCCGCCACUUUGUCUCCUAAAGUUGGGACGCCUGCUGCCCUCAUGUCACGUUAACCUUAAGCAGGUUGUUGAGGUCGUUGCUUCCUUGCUUCUCCACUAGUGCACGGCACUGAAACGAGAUGCAUUAAAGCUUAACAGAACAAAGUUUAGACAGAAAAGAGAAAAGAUGAAGAAUAUAAGGAAAAUGAAAUGUUUUUAUGUAUAUAUAGCUUCUAGUCUUGUACCGAAAGGUGUUUCUGAGAGGGAGGAGAAAGUGGAUCUUUUGUAGGAGUGUUUUUCUAUAUAUGAUCAAUGCAUAUUUAAAUAGGCUAUGUUUCAUCAUAGGCUAUGUUACGAAA